CCAUUGUUUCUGUCUCUUCCGGGCAGGUGCCGGCGGCGCUCAGCGGCCGCACGUGCCCAAGCGGCGGCCGGCGCUCAGGGACCCGCUGGCGCCGGCAGGGGCGUCCCCGGGCGCGCGGCGGGGGAUGAAGUACCUGAAGCCGUGGUGGUCGGACGGCGGCAGCCUCCUGCACCUCACCAUCCUGCUGAGCUUGGCGGGGCUUCGCCUGGACUUGGACCUGGACCUCUACCUGCUGCUCCCGCCGCGGACCCUGCUCGGAGAUGAGCUUCUGCUCCCGGGCGGCCCGACGAGCCCUGCCUACGCGCUCAGCCCCUUCCCGGCCUCGGGAGGGUGGGGGCGCGCCGAGCUCCUGCACCCCAAGGGCCGGGAGCGGGACGCCGUGGCGCCGCCGGCGGGCCAGCUGCUCCGGGAGGUACGCGCGCUGGGGGUCCCCUUCAUCCCCUGCACCCGAGUGGACGCGUGGCUGGUGCACAGCGUGGCUGCCGGGGACGCCGACGGGGCCCACGCGCUGCUCGGCGCCGCCGCCGCCUCUUCGGCCGGAGGAGUGGGCGCUGGCGUGAACGGCGUUAGCCAGGCUGCGCCGGGUAGCGGCGGGAAUCCCAGAGCGGCUCCGAGUAGCCCCUUGGCCGCCGGGGAGGAGGAGAAGGCUCCCGCGGAACCGACGGCUCAAGUGUCGGACGCCGGCGGACACGCAAGCGAGGAGAAUGAGGUACUAGGAGCUGUGGAUCACAGUUCCCAGCAUGAGGAAAAUGAGCAAAGAGCAUCAACCCAGAGGGAGAAAUCACUACAGCAGAAGAAUGAAGAUGAAAAUAAAGUAGCAGAUAAACCUGCCUGGGAGGCAGAAAAGACCACUGAACCUAGAAACGAGAGACAUCGAAAUGGAACAGACACAUCUUUCUCUCUGGAAGACUUAUUUCAGUUGCUUUCAUCACAGCCUGAAAAUCCACUGGAGGGCAUCUCACUGGGAGACAGUCCUCUCCCAGUAAGUAUCAACGAUGGCAUGAAUUCUCCUACACAUUAUAAUGCAAAUUUUAGCCAGGCUAUAAGUCACGAUGUAAAUCUCCAUGAGGCCAUGUUGUUGUGUCCUGACAAUACAUUUAGAAGGGAUCCAGUAGCAAGGACUUCACAGCCACAAGAACUAUUUCUGCAGUUAAAUUCUCCUACCAAUCCUGAACACACCCUUUCUGGAACUAAUUUGACAGGAUUUCUUCCAUUUGACAAUCAGAUGAGGAAUCUAACAAACCAAGACCUUCUGUAUGACCUUGAUAUAAACAUAUUUGAUGAGAUAAAUUUAAUGUCUUUGGCUACAGAAGGUGCUUUUGAUCCAAUGGAAGUUUCUCAGCUUUUUGAAGAACCAGAUUCUGAUUCUGGGCUUUCCUUAAACUCAAGCCACAAUAGCACCUCUGUCACCAAGUCUAACUCCUCGCACUCUGUACGUGAAGGUGCUUCACCUUCUAGUAGUGACCUUGGAUCUCUUUCCCACCGUGACUUAGAAGGGGCUGUAGGAGGCUGCUACCCAGACCCCACUAAACUUUGUCACAUGGAUCACAGGAGUGACUCUCAUUUUCAUGGGGACCUUGCAUUUCAACCCGUAUUACAUAACCACACUUACCACGUAAAGCCAAGUGCACUAGAAUCCACUUAUGAAACUUUUUUAUGGCCUGGGAAGUCACAGAAAAUAAGGCAUGGGUACCUCAAUGACACAGACAGAAACUUAAGCCGUGAUGAACGGCGUGCUAAAGCUCUGCACAUCCCUUUUUCUGUGGAUGAAAUUGUCCACAUGCCUGUAGAUUCUUUCAACAGCAUGCUAAGCAGGUACUAUCUCACAGAUUUUCAAGUGUCACUCAUCCGUGAUAUUAGGCGAAGAGGGAAAAAUAAAGUUGCUGCUCAGAACUGCCGUAGGCGCAAACUGGAUGUAAUUUUGAAUCUGGAAGAUGAUGUAUGUAACUUGCAAGCAAAGAAGGAAACCCUUAAGAGAGAGCGAUCCCAGUGUCACAAAGCUAUAAACAUAAUGAAACAGAAACUGCAUGAUCUCUAUCAUGAUGUUUUCAGUAGGUUAAGAGAUGAUGAAGGUAGGCCAGUCAAUCCAAACCAGUAUGCUCUUCAGUGCAGCCUUGAUGGAAGUGUUCUGAUUGUACCCAAGGAAUUGGUGACCCCAGGCCAAAAAAAGGAAAACCAAAAAGGAAAACGAAAAAGUGAGAGAAUAAAUUGAAGAUGGAUUCCAUCCAUAUGCAUAAAGCCGUAAUGUUCAGAAACUGAUCAAAAACCACUGAAUCUGCUUCAAAGUUUAGCUCGUUAUCUAAUGCUACUUCACUCAGUUAAGGCUACAUUUUGAAGCUUAUGUGAACCAGUUUAGGACUUCGGUAUCAGACUUGGGGGCUUAAGCCACAAUGUUUCAUGAACUCCUAAUAGUACGUAGAAAUAGGGUGACGUGAAAACUUGCUGUCCUUCACUAGCCAUUUCUUAGUAAGAUGGUCCCUUCAAAGAGAGCAAACACUGGAUGUAAUCAUUUCAAAACAUAUACAAGUAGCCUUAACAUUUUCAUUUAGUUUUCAAGAACUGUUUUAGCUUAAUUCUGAUGAAAACUUGUGUAGCUUUUUCUGUGGAAAUAAAUUUUGUAUUUGAUUUUAUAAACUAACUUUCCCCUUUUAUACAGAAAUCCUAAGCAAACUUCUCUUCCAAAAUACCCACAUUUAAAAACACAGGUGAAUAUCUAGCAAAUCAGGCAGGAUAGUGUUAAAUUUUAAAAAUUACAUAAAUUGAUCACUCAAGUCAAACCGAAUAUAGUGAACACUGAACCGACAAGCAAAAUUCCCCCCCUUAGACCUAACACAUAAAACAUGACAUGAAAUAGACCAAGCUCUACACCAGGAUGCCCAAAAAUAAACUGGAGCUUUAAAAUAUUACUGCAUUAGGCUUUAACACCUGAGGACAAAGAGCCUCCCUCCCUCUCAUAAAUAGGACUAAUUCCCUGGCAGUAAAGCCAGCCUGUAGGGAUAGCUCCACAUCUGGAACACUGACAGCUCACACCAAAAAAACCCAACUUGCUUAAAUAUGGAAAGAUUUAAGCAAGCAUGUACAGGAGGCCAUACAAGAACGCAGACCACCACUAAGGGAUGAUAAGCACAGACUUGGCAAGCAAAGAAAUGAAAAUACUGAAGCAAAAUGAAAGAUAUUCAAAGAGGCAAAAACACAGCCAUUUGAUAAAAAGGACAAUAGAAAUAAUGGCACUUGAAAUGAAACCUCAAGAAUUUUCUGUAGACAACUGCCCUGUCAAGGUUUUAGAACAUUAUUGUCAGAUGUUUUCUGCAGUUAGAGUAAUUGCCUAAUAACAUAAAUGUCACAAGUCAAAGUUAUUUUGGGUUACAGAAAUGUAGGGUGUGGGUUUUAUAGUAAACCUUUAUACUUUAAAUUGGAGCUAGGAAUUUGUUUCAAGCCCCACAUAGUAGCAAAAUGCUUCUAGAUGCAAGUUUCGCUCUUCUGACCAGUUUUGUGCAAUAACCACUUUUUCAAUGGUGACAGGCUGGCUUUUUGCAAGGGAGCCCACCUCAAAUGUCUUAGCUUCUUAAAUACAGAGCUUCAAGGCACAUUCUUUCAAGCCUACAUACAAUGUAAAAUGCCACGACCAAUUGUUUUGAAACUGCAGGUAUCCCGAUUUGCUCAAUUUCAGUGCUUGCUCUUGUCAGGCUCAGCAUUCUCCCCAAUCCCUGAAAAUAUGAGGAACAUCAAAUGGGCAAAAAACAGGCACACAGCAGAGAAAGCUGGGAUUCAAAACAUUCACAGCAACUGAAAUUUUGAGAUCCAUAAGGUAUUUGGUGCAUUGUGACCAAAGAUCAGUGAACGCAGCUUUCACCAGCCAGUUUCAUCUCAUUUGCCAUGGGCUAGUUUCUGGACAGUCACUUUGUACAAAUACCACACUGCUCUUCAAUACAGUGCUGAAGCUGCUUCCUCUCCAUCACUGAUACGUCAGCAGUGAAAAUUUCACACCACUAUUUUAGCCUAAGCUCCCUACUUACAGAUUAAGAUACACCAAGAUUGACUAUUCUGCUCAGUAGUCUUUAUCGAGCUGAAAGGAAUAGGUGGUGUUGAGAAAAUUUGAUUCUCAAGCUUUUGAAAACAGAUCAAAAUGUCAAGUUCUAAUGGAAGCCAUAUGCAUUUUAAUUUUACUGUGACUGUUGAACAGAGCUGUUAGCUACCUGACCCAUUCCUUAAAUAGUGUAAUCAGUCUUCAGCUGAACAAGACAUGGAUAAACAGUCAAGACUUACUUGAAUUGAGAAACAGUUCCAUCAAUCAAGGUUAGGGGGACGAUAAACUUAAGUUCCCAAGUGUCUCCAAGUAUUUGUUUGGGGGUUUAAAUACAGACUCAAGCUGCAAGAGGACCCACAGAACUAGGUAAGAUCAGCAAUGUUUACACCCAUACAUCUGGUAGUCUGUAUAAUUGGCCUUCGGCCUCUGAAGCAUGUUUUUUGCUAGGCAUCAUUUUCCCUCCUGAUUUCAGUGGACUGGCCCAAACUUAUAUUUUUAACUGCUCCCAACAUAAAAGUAGUCUUACCUUCCUUACUUAUAGAAAACACUGUUAUUCCUGAAAUCAUCCCUUUGUCAUAGAAUUACAUCAGUUGAAAAUUAAUAGUGAAAUCUGGUUCCGACAGGCGCUCAGCAUCUCAUUUGUCCUUUUCCUAUUAAAACCUUAUUUCCUUUUGGUAGCUAACAACAGGCCACGAUGAAAUCCUCACAGGGAAAUUACAACUAUUGCAUGUAAUCCUCAAGCAACGUGUGCUCAAUAAGAUGUGGAUAUAUGGGUUCCAUUUCAAGGCUGGCUCCAGUUCAGCACUGACCUUUAGAAUACAGGAGCAGUUAGAAGUCAGCCCAGCUGCCAGAACAACAAAGUGAUCCUAUGGAGUACAUAUUAGUGCUUAAUAAUUUAAAUAUUUUUCACUUAAAUACUUUAGUUGCAGUAAUAGCAGAGCAGCAUUAAAAUCAUUGGGUAUACCACCUGAGAAUAUUUGUUCCAAACUUUAGACUGAUUUAAAAUGUAACUAAGCCACAAUGAACACAGGCACUUUGGGUAUACUGAGAUUACUGAUGUUUUCUACCUUCUGCAAAGGCACCACAUAUGAACACACGUUUGAACUAGUAAUUGUCAUUACUAAGGAACCAAGACACGAUUCUUUUAAAGCCUCCCUUAAUUGCCUCUCAGUACUUUUAAAUAUUAAGAAUCACUUCAGACCAACUUUUAACGUACUCAUGCACUUAAUCGGAAUAUUGAAAACCACACAGAAGAAGAUCCAGUUUCAAAAGCUUUUACCAAAGAGGAAAACACUCCAGGUAUGGGAGUCAUCCCCCAAGAUGGCUCCCAAUAACGCUUGCUUUUUGGUCAUGUGAGGAAAACCCUCCCCUCCCACAUUGUGAUCACAAGAUAACUUACAAAAACACUGGUUGUAUUGAGGAUUCUUUUGUUGCUUCACUAUGGGUAAAGGAAAUAGCCAGUACCAACCUUCAGUCCUGUCAGUAGGCCAUUUUGGAUUCAAAUAUUCCAGCCCCAGUCAUGUUUUCCCUGACUUACAUACAACCCUGAGCUUCAGCUAGAAAUCGCACAGCUAAGCUGCUUCCAAAUUGCUGACCUACAAACACAGUGAGGUGAAAAUAUAACAGUACUCUAAAAUAUUUCCUUUUAGAAAAAAAAGGUCCUUAAAUCUCAAUUUCUAAAAGAAAAUUAGCAGCUCAACACACAACAUACACACACACACAAAAUACUCAACAUUACCUAUUGCAUGUUUCAAUAAGCUAGGUCAUUUUCGCCCUGUUAAUACAUAAUACAGAUGUCUUCCCCUAUUUGUGCUGGUGUUAAACGCUGGGUAUUUUAGGGUUGUAUUAUACCAACUUGAUUUAUCUUCUUCAAAAGUUAACUUCUUUGUAGAGCUAGACAUUUUUAAGACAUUAAGAAUUAUUUUCUCCUAGUAAAUCCACGGCCAAAUGUAAACAAAUUUAUAGCUGACAAUGGACGCAAAGCUCAUCUUCCGUUAGCCAUCAUUAGUUUGACUUACCUGUGAGAUACCUCGUAUCAAAACCAAAAGAAAUAGAAGUCAACCUUACUCUUUGUCCCCUACUAUUUUUCUGGUUUUUCAUUUCAGAUGAACAUCCAAGAAACUCACUGCUUGCUAUUAAAUUUUAUCCACCAUGUUUAACCCUUUAAGACAACCACCUGAUACUAACGGUAUAACGAAACAGAGCUAAUUCACAUUUGAGAAACUAAUGACAGAUUUUGUCUCAGUGCCUUUGCAUAGCCACUUAAACUUGGUUGGACCACUU